GUUUUCAAAACCUUUCAUUAUUUAACUCAUGAUAUUGACAACAAAGAAAUACGGACGCUGAUGAAUGAAAAGCUUCUGAUUGAACUUCUGGAUGAUCUCACAGACCCACAGAACGAUGGUGUACAUAUACAAAACGUUUUGCUGGAUCGAUGUCUCAAUAACCUGAAUCAUUCUGAUACUCCUGGAUUUGGAGAGCUUCUUCACAACUGCAUCGAACUUCUCUGGAAAGAAUUUUCAAAGCAAUCGUGUUCUAGGAAUUUGGUAGCAUCCCCUCCAGGUCGCCGUUGUCUCAAGCGCAUUCUGUUCGAAUUCAGAAUGAUCAACCAAAUUGAACAAGAGCAACUUCUUAGUCCAGUGGACAUAGUCGCGGCUCUUGUGGAAAAUGUUCUGAACACAAGGAAGUCUUACCUCGUCUGGAAGAGGGAUUUAUGCGUUGUUAGAAACUCUAAAGAGUCAUCAAAAUGCGGAAAAAAUCUCGCUGGGAAGCGAGAAGCCACCAGCGCCCACAGCAAUUCAUCGAACUCGGUGUCUAUGUCUAUUCAAGAUGAACAAGACCUCAAUCUGUUGGAGAUGCCAGUACUUCAAAAGCCAUCAGAUUUGCACAACUUCUUGCGAGAGCUUGAAAAACGGAAAAUAGAAUUAUUUCAG